AUGAUCUUUGGGUCGUUUGUUGUUGCCUUCUGUCUGUUGGUGCUGGGGUGGACGGCGGAGAUCGUCGGGCUGUUUGUGAAAGACCCUGAAAAGGCGAAGAAUGGCACGAUUGCGCUCGCGGUUUUGAGUAUCUAUGCUGUAGAUUUCUCGAUCAAUGUUGUGCAAGCAUGCUGUCGCAGUCUGAUUGUGGAUACGCUACCCAUUCCUUCGCAGCAGGCUGGAUCCGCAUGGGCUGGGAGAAUGUGCGCCAUCGGCCAGCUCUUUGCCUAUGUGGUGGGUGCCAUUGACACCGUCAGUAUAUUUGGCACCUUCAUUGGAGACACCCAGUUCAAGCAGAUGACUGUCAUCGCUGCCUUCUCAUUAGUGCUGGCAGUGGCGAUCACCUCGUACUCCGUGAAGGAGCGCGUUCUUAUCACAGCGAGGGACGAUGGUGGUGCUGGUGCAAUCCAGGUCCUUUCUCAGCUGUUCAAAACUACUUUCGAGCUGCCACCUCGCAUUCAGGCUAUUUGCUGGGCCCAAUUCUGGGCCUGGAUUGGCUGGUUCCCUUUCCUGUUCUACAGUACGACCUGGGUCGGUGAGACCUACUUCCGCUACGAAGUUCCUAAAGACGACAUGGCGAAAGCGACAGACAUGCUCGGCGAGGUUGGUCGCGUGGGAAGUCUGUCGUUAACCGUCUUCUCCUCCAUCACAUUCCUCAGCUCCGUGCUCCUACCAUUCUGCAUCCAGCCGCCGGAUUCCAAGCGAACCCGCUUCACCCCUCGUCCUCCACCCGGCGUAGCAGCCGUUCUCAAGGCCGUCACCUCUGUGCGCCCGGAUCUCCAAACCGCCUGGCUCAUUUCUCAGAUCAUGUUCGCGGCCACAAUGAUCUUCGCGCCGCUGGCCCACUCCCGCGCCUUCGCGACCUUCCUCGUCGCCGUCUGCGGUAUCCCCUGGGCCAUCAGUGGCUGGGCACCGUUCGCUUUCAUGGGCGUGGAAAUCAACAAGCUGACCACGGGCGGUUAUUCGCCCGUCGUCCCGGCUUCACGAUCCGGUGUUACCAUGAUCACCUCUGCCAGUCUGCGCAACAACGCCGCUGACACCGAACUCGAUGUCCUCCGCCUCAACCACCAUGACUCUUUCGACAGUGACACCGACGAGGAAGAUCCUUCCUCUAACAUCCCUUCCACAGGCGAAUUGGCCGGCAUCUAUCUAGGUGUACUGAAUGUCUACACGACCCUCCCCCAAUUCGUGGGCACGUUCAUCAGUUGGAUUGUUUUCAGCAUCCUUGAACCCGGCGCCGAGCCGUCGGACAAAAAUAAAGACGCGCAAUGGAUGAACCUUGACAAGGAUCGUCCCAAUGCCAUUGCAAUCUGCCUUUUCAUCGGGGCCAUCAGUGCCCUCAUCGCGGCCGAAGCCACCCGUCGGCUACGAUAUAUUCUAUGA